AAGUCACAACCAAGUCAGCAGAGGCCUUCAACUCUCAAAAUCCCUAAUAAGGCUAAAAGCCUAAAACACAGAGCUCACCCAACACUUGAGGAAAGAAAAUUCAAAUGAAUUUCAUCUUCAGGUUUUUGCCGCUCGCUGAUUUUUAUCAUAUAACCCAAUAUUUUCAGAGUUAUAAACUUGUCUGGAUCUGAGUAUUGCCGGAAUAUAUCUGACAGUUGAAUUUCCCAUCUUUUCUCCAGCAGCUCUCCGAUGGAUUCUCACUGGAGAGCAUCUCACACUUCUUUGCCGAAUUAUGGUGAAAAUAAUGGUUCAAUUCCGCUGCAUCCUGAGCCGCUUAAUGUGGCCCCCAUUAGUUGUGUGCCGUAUACUGGCCCUCCUAUACCAUACAGUUAUCCUGCUUCAUCGUCACCAGAUAAUAAUGCGGGUCCAGUUUCAGUUGAAGCUGAUACAACUUCAGCAUCCAAGCAUAUCAACUCUCAGCAGCCUUCUGGGAGUCAGCCUGCAAUGGUUUUUUUCUCUGCCUGUCCAGCCAGAGAGGAGUGGGAUAAUCUCAUAAAUUAUGCCAAUGGUGGGGUUGCACUUACUGGGUCAGCUUUGUUGGGAAAGAUUGGACCACUUAUUGGAUCAGUUGAUAUUGGUGAAUCUGAGGAUGACUAUGUAUUUCGUGUUUCACUCCCUGGUGUCGCAAGGGAUGAAAAGGUCUUUCGCUGUGAUGUUGGACCUAGUGGGAAAAUUGUCAUAAAAGGGGUGAGCGUGACCGGAGAGGACAUGGUUUGCAGGGACAACAUGGUUUUUAAGAUGCAAACUCAGAACCUAUGCCCACCGGGAGAAUUUUCCAUUUCAUUCCAGCUACCAGGACCAAUUGAUCAUCAAAACUUAACUUGUGUUUUUGGAUCUGAUGGAAUAUUUGAAGGAAUUGUGAAGAAAAAAAGACAACAGGUCCUUUAAGGGAGCUGUGACAUAUUUAGAUCAUAAUCCUUCACCUUGAUGGUAGGAGAGAAAAGCUAAAUUUGAGAAGACCAGGAACAAUGCUGCAGUUGAUUCCAGGACCUCUGUGCAGCUUUAAGGCUUAUUUUGCAUCAUGCUUUAGUUCUUGUGUGUACGUCUUCUUGUUCUUUCCAUUGUUAAGACUUACUAAGGUCAGGGCUAACCGAACUAGGCCACUUCUACAGUAGUCAGUAGGGAAAGAUUGUGUGCCCAGAAUCUGGGCUAUAUACGCGCUUUCAGCUUUGCCUCAGCACUCUACCACAUUACCCCUCCAAAAAAAUGGAUUUUGUUUUGGUAUUCUAAGACCAAGUAUGUUGUCCUUGUUUACCGGUUUGCUAUGGUACUCUUGUGUCUAGCAGUUUGCAAUAAAUUGAAAACUUUCCAUUCUCUCCUCA